UUUUCCACUAAAUUCUGAGUUUUGACAUUUCAGUGGAAUUUUCAUGCGAUAAUAAUUACCGGAACUCGCUGCGGAAAAUUCAGAUAUUUUUUAACAGUGUGUUCUCCAACUGGGGGACAGAUUCAUGUCGUACAUCAAAGUCAACACUUUGUCGCGCCUGUUUUUUAUAUAAAUACUUGGUACAAGCAGUGCCACUGCAUUGACAUACCGGCUCCUGUCACUGACAGUACUAGGAGAAGAUCAAAAUGAAGAGCUCUAUUCUCUGUCUGACGCUAAUUCUGACGCUCGUCGUCUUCAUCGGCUCCACUGGUGCUGAAGACCAGUGUGCAAGCCACAACUGUCUCCCCCCAAAUCAAUGCAAAAGUUUCGCACAAUAUGGAAAUUGUCCGACAAGAGGGCAUUCUUGUUGCAAAGAAGUCCGCCCGGAAUUUCGAAAGGCCUGUCGUCAUUUCGGGGGCGAGUGUGUGACACAUCAAUGUAAUCAACGUCUUAUCGCACGUCAAGCCCUGGAUUGCGGCGCCAAUGAGGUGUGCUGCAUCCUAAUUACAAAAUAAUUAGUAAAUUGUUAAUUAAUAAGUCUCUUAAACUACCAAAUAUAAUCAAUUAUUACGGCAACAAUAUUCAUCAUUUCGCCAACUCUCAGGAAUUUUUCUCUAAUAAAAAUAAUAAAUCAAUAAAUAUUUAUUGAAUUGAA